UUUGGCGGGUUGAAUUCAAGUCCGCAAAACUUACUUUAUUUGGGAGUCACUUCUAUGGAUAUGUCUCUCUCGUUGCCUUCUUGGGCAUUGGGUGAAGUCAUGGGGAGCAAGAAUGUGUGUUUGACAAGAGAAGCAGAAGAUGUUUUGGUGAAAUCUUUUAGCAUUGGUGAGAAGAAUGUCAAGAUGUCUUUGAGAUCACGCAGUUUCAAGAGAAGUGAUUCAGGGACCAAAUCGAAAGCGGUCUUUAGAGAGUCGUCGAGCUUUAAAAAUUGGAAACGUAAGAGAGCAAAGCUGGAAACGACUGCUUCUCUCAAGAUUCAGAACUCUGAAUAUUGGAAGAUGGAAAUUACUUCUAUGAACCCAAUACCCUUGAGUCCUUUAGUGUCCCCAAGGCCUGAGUGCGAGCUUAAUGCUGCAGCUGUUAAGCUUCAAAAAGUAUAUAAGAGUUACCAGACUCGAAGAAAUCUGGCAGAUUGUGCAGUUGUUAUCGAGGAAUUAUGGUGGAAAGCAAAGGAUUUUGCAUCCCUCAAGCACAGCUCAAUUUCCUUUUUCAAUGUCCAAAAACCAGAGACAGCAGCCUCCCGCUGGGCUAGGGCACGAACAAGAGCAGCCAAGGUUGGUAAGGGUUUGUCCAAAAACCACAAGGCUCAAAAGCUGGCAUUGCAACACUGGCUUGAAGCAAUUGAUCCACGCCAUCGAUAUGGACACAAUCUGCGUUUCUACUAUGAUGUCUGGUUUGAGAGCGAGAGUGCACAGCCAUUCUUCUAUUGGUUGGAUGUUGGCGAAGGCAAGGAAGUGAAUCUGGAGAAGUGCCCCAGAAAUAAGCUUCAACAGCAAUGCAUCGAGUACCUCGGACCGAAGGAGAGGGAGGCAUAUGAAGUCAUUGUCAAGGAUGGGAAACUCAUCUAUAAACAAAGUGGAGAGCUUGUGAACACUGUUGAAGGUUGUAAGUGGAUAUUUGUCCUCAGCACAUACAGGGCUUUAUAUGUGGGACAGAAGAAGAAAGGCUUAUUUCAGCACUCAAGUUUUCUGGCUGGAGGCGCUACAACAGCUGCUGGAAGAUUGGUUGUGACGGAGGGGAUUUUGAAGGCCAUAUGGCCAUACAGUGGUCAUUACCUCCCAACUGAAGAGAACUUCAAGGAGUUCAUCAGCUUCCUUCGAGAAAACAAUGUAGACCUUGCUGAUGUCAAGAGAUGUUCGAUUCAAAAAGAUGACGACUACCCCUCAUUGAAGAAGUCUAAGAAUGAGGUGGUGAUGGAGGUGGCGAGGGUGCCGGAGGUGGCAGAGUGUACCACAACAUAUGAGGCAGGAGACAUAAGCGACAGUGAGGAGGAAGAGCGUCGUACCGAGCCUUCGGAGGCAGAGUUCAAGGGCAACAACUGGCAGAAACCAAUGAGGAUCGAAUUGAGCAAGUGCUUAUCAUGCAAAUGGACGACCGGGGCUGGGCCUCGCAUUGGGUGUGUCCGGGAAUACCCCGCAGAUCUCCAGUCCAAGGCACUCGAGCAAGUUAAUCUUUCACCAAGGAUCAUCCCCUCACCGGUGGGAAACAAGGGUCCCAUCCCUUCUCCACGCCCCAGCCCUGGUGUGAGGCUUUCCCUUGCAAACAUGGGCCUUCCUACCCCCACCAUCUCUCUUACUCUUCCCAGGCCCACAAGGAGAUGAAAGGCAUUUCAAUUGUAGCUGGCAGAGCCUCAAACAGAACGAUUUCAAGCCAUCAACAUGUGACCCCUGGUCCAUCCACGUGUCCAUGACAAGCUGGUGAAGGAAAUAGAUUGAGGGGAAGAUCGCUGCUUCCAGCCUACCAAUAGCUUUUUUUUUUUUUUUAGAUCUUUAAAUUCAAUUAGUCAUAUCUCCUUUUUUUACUCUCUCUUGGGCUGCC